UGGUGUUUACGUUUUUAGAGUGAACGUGGAGGAAAGUUAAAAACAUAAUUUUCUUCUGACUUUAACUGUUGUUUUAGAUUAAUAAUGGGGAAAUCAAAAGCAAAAAGGCCCAAAUCACGAAAAGUGAAUCCUACUGGAAUUCCCAGUGUUAAAGAAUUGGAGGAAUGCGAAGAGAUACUAAUUCCAAUGAAUUUUGAGGCCGGUACUUUAGAAUCAGUCAUUGAAAAGUUACAAAGUCGUGAAGGGGAUGAGAAGGAAUGUGCUGCGGUCACUAUUGCAAAUAUGGCCAGCAAUCCAAGUUUCAUAUCAUCUCUGAUGGAAAGUGAAGCUGUAAGGAUAGCUGCACCUCUUCUUAUUGAUCGGAAUCUUUCCGUGAGACAUACUAUUGCAGGAUGCCUGAGAAAUGUCGCUACGUGUGGUGGUUACUCAGUCUGCCAAGCUAUGGUAGAUCAAGACAUUUUAACAAGCCUGGUGAGCCUCCUGCAACAGUACAAAGAGCCUUGGACUCCCCAAAAAGUAACAGAGGGGAAAAUAGACUCUAAGACAGAAAUUUUUCUGGAAGCGUGCAAUCUACUGUGGACUUUGUGUGAAAGUUGUGACAUUGCUGUUUCAGUCUUCAACAAGAAAAACCUCAUAUCAAUAUUGCUCCCAUGUUUAAAUAUUGAUGUAUACAAUCUACAAAUAGCUCUUGCUGUUGCUCAGUGCCUUCACACAGUUGCUGAAGAUAACCAAGAAGUGACGGCAAUUCUGUCACAACCUCUAGUCCUAGAACAGUUGAGGUCACUGAUGACACUGACACCUACUCAACCUGAGCAUAUUUUGCUCAAAACUGUCGCAGCAGGAAUUAUAUUAAAUGUUUUCUCCAGUGACUUAAAUAAUACUUUGAACGACGCUGCUACUUCUAUUAUUGAAGUCGUGGAUUUAACACUAAAUGAAUCUAUCACUCCAACUUUAGAGCUCUUAUCACAACAAAUCGCUAGUCAUAAGGCUGAACGGUCAAAUAGAUACCAUGAAGAAAAAGACAUUGAUGCAAAGAAAAAUGAAAUUGAAAAAACAGUGAAAAUCCUGGACAAUGUUCUCCCUGCAAAGCAAAUAGCCUUAGAAAUUUUGACCAAUAUAUGCUUUGGCGAUGAUGCAAAUGACUGGGAUGAUAUGUCUAGUAGUGACACCUGUGAUGAAACUGAAAUGGAUAUUGAUGAAAACACGGUAGCUCCUAUCAAGCUUGGUUUGAGAGUUCCGUGUGAAAUUCAUGGUAUCAUUGUUAAUGGAAAACUGUUAGAAAAAGUAACUAACCAAAUAGUUAUUCCAUCUGAUGAAAUUGUGCAAUCAUUGUCAGAAAGUUCUGAUGCUAAACAUAUUUUAUCGAAGUUAAGUACAGUCAGGUGUCGAGCACUUCUAUGCUUGAACAAUAUGGUUCAGGGUCUGGAAAUGGAUGAUCUUGGAGGCCCAAAGCAUUUAUUUGAAUUAUGGAUGAAUAUUGCCAACCUACUUUUCAAAAAAAACGACAUAUCUGACACUGAUCAACUCGAAGCUGCUACCAGCUCUAUGAGUGCUGUACUCCAGAAAUUGGCCGAGGCAGAUUGUUCAUCUCUGUUCAGCAGUUUUACAGAAUCUGAUUUAGAGCUUCUCACCAACAUCUACCAUCAAUGCCAAGACUCCAACAUCAAAGUCAACAUAAUCAGAGCUAUGGGAACCAUCGGCUGUCUUCUGGGAAAUCUGACACUUCCACUUAGUUCCAAACUCAUUGCAAUCAUAGGUACAUUUUUGCUUGAAAUCAGUGCAAAGGUUUCAGACAUUUGGCUCACUGCUGAAUCCUUAGAUGUUAUUAUGGACGUUUUCGCAGAGGAUCAUUUAGAUGGUAUUGCUCAAGAAAUUUGCCUUGUAGAUAAACUAACUCAUCUUUUACCUCUUCUAAAAGGAAAGAUCAAGCAGCAACGGAAGAGUUUAGGUGAACAUUUGCCAGUGAUAAUGACAGCAAAAACAAAUUUGUUACGUUUUAUAAAAUAUAAAGAAAGAUCAAAAUAAAUGAUGAGUUUCUCUUU